CCAACGCCAUCUCCAUAGUCCAAACCCCCCCAAACCCUCGUUUCCCUUCGCCAUUAUCCGAACCCCUGACAAGCCCCAAGCAAGCUCCGACCACAGAACUGAGCCCAAAAUGGCGGCCGCCUCCUCCAUGCUCACCGCCGCGUCGCUCUCCUUCUCCGCGCUCCCGUCAUCGCGCCUCCGUGCCGCUCCUCCCGCCGCCGCCUCCUUCGCCGCGGCGCCGCGUCGCGCGGCUGCCGCACCCGUCGUCGUGCGCGCGGCGGCCGCCUCGUCCAAGGCCACGGCUGCGGCGGAGGCGGCCCCGAAGAAGAAGAGGGCGACCGGCAUCACCCAGCCGAAGCCCGUCUCGCCGGCGCUGCAGGCAAUCGUGGGCGUCCCGGAAAUCCCCCGCACCGAGGCUCUCAAGCGCCUCUGGGCCUACAUCAAGCAGCACAACCUUCAGGAUCCCGCAGACAAGAAGGUGGUGGUUUGUGAUGAGAAGCUGAAGGCCCUGUUUGCUGAGCGGGAGCGUGUUGGAUUCCUUGAGAUCGCCAAGCUUCUCAACCCCCACUUUGUGAAGUGAGAGGCCUCUUCCGUGGAGUUGAGUUACCGUAGUGACCUAGACUUCUAGAGAGUUGGUUUUUGUUGGUUCUGAGUUAGCUCGACUUAGUAGGAGACUCUAGCUCGUCGCAGACAAUGUUUGUGUGCCCCUGGAACCUGGUGGUGGUGGCUAUCUGAAAUCUGAAUUACUGGCCAUGUUCUGAACAACCUUCAGCUCUUUUGCUUGUAGCUUGCGUGUGUUAACAAGCUAAGCUCUCGAGUUUAAGAAUUGCCGAGUGCAUCUCAGCUUCGCUA